AUGAAAUUCUCCACCGCUGUCGUCUCUGGCCUUGUUGCCACUUCCGCUGUUUCUGCUACUCUAGUUGCCUCUACUGAGAUGGCUAAAAGAGAUAACACUGUCGUUAUUUUGCAAGAUAUUGAAAAUCUUCUCGGUCACGUCGUCAAUGAUGUCUCGAACGUUUUGGCUGACGCUGGCGUCAAUAAGAAGGAAUUUUUUGGGCCAAUUCUUGCUCCAUUAGACUUGGACAAGAGAGACAGCAUCGUCUCUAAAAGAGAUGAGGCCACCUCUGAAGCCAAUGUGCCUGCCGUGGUGAUUGAUGUUGGUAAGCUCGUCAGUGAUAUCUUGGCGGAUGUUGCAAAGAUUGUAGCCGACAGUUUGAUACCUUUCUAA